UCAGUUGAAGGAGGAGGAGGAGACGCUCAGGGCUCAGGAAGCGCCUCUACGGGCUCUAUGUUAUACUUUAUUGUCCUGGGAACUUAAAAAAAAACGAUAUUUAAUACUAAAGUCAUUUAUUUAUUUUCCAUGAGAUAUCUGUAACAGUCGUAUAAUGGACGGAGAGGACGAGUUGUAAACGCUGUACCGUCUCCCGGGAGAUUUGGAGAUUUAUUUUUUUUUUCGUCCCGUAAACAGUUUUUGUUUGUCGUGAACUGUGUCGCGGUUAUGUUGUCCGCCUCGAGAGCGUAAACAUUUUAAGCAUUAAACGUGUUUUAUUUGUUUGUUUGUUUUAUUUAUUCAGUGAAAGAGAGAGAGAAAGAGUUAGAGAUAUGAACGGGAAGUCUGCGGCGAACGGGGCGGCGAGCGGGGCUCCGGCCUUUAUUGAGGGUCUGCCGCCGCUGCCGAAGAGCCUGAGCGGCCUGCUGAACUCGAGCGGCGGCUCGUGGAGGGAGAUCGAGCGGAUGCACGCGAAGAAGGCCAUGAUCCAGGACGACCUGCGGAGAGGAGCGGCUCCCGUGGACCGCGCGCUCGCCACCAAACCGGCCAACCUGGACGCGGCGCUGGCUCUGCUCCGGAAAGAGAUGGUGGGGUUGCGGCAGCAGGACAUGUCCCUACUGUGCCAGCUCUGGUCCCUACAUGAGUCCAUCCAGGAGUACAAGGGCAGCUGUCAGGAAGCCGGCCCGGGGUCCGACCCCUUGGACAACGGCUACUUCGACGAGGACGACGAGUUCUACACGGACUCCGGAGUCACGCCGACUGAAACGCCGGACGGAAGCGAGACCUCUCCAGCACGUAACGGGACGUCCGGGGACACGUGGCUGCACGAUUCGUUCCGUAUCGCCUUAUGAGAACCUCAAGCCUCUUGUUUUAUCAGAUGAAGGGGUGGAGCCGUGAUGCUGCUUUUUUGUUUUUGUUGCGUUUUUAUUAUUAUUAUUAUUAUUAAUAUUAUCGCCAGCAGACUUUUUUCUUUCUAUACAAAUAUAAACCAAGAUUAUUUAUUACCUAUAUAAUACAGUAUAUAGCCAAUUUUUCUGGAGUUUUAUAGUACUUUAUAUAUGGAGUCGGGGAGGGGCGUGGCCUAUCUAUAGUAUUCGCAUUUAUGCUCAAGUUGUGUAGCGAGGUUCUUGUUUUGCAGGCUGGAUUCUGACCCGAGGCAUAUUUACAUAACAAUCAUGACAUCAGAACUCUAAUGAACUGGAUUUCAAGUCACAACCGGGUCCUGAUGCGAUGCGAAGAACUCUAAUGCUGGGGAAAGAGGGAACACUACCUACGUUUGUUACAUCCAUCCAUUCAUUCAUUCAGCAACCUACGUUUAUCCAGUCCGUUUAUAAUCUAAUCUAAUCGAGGUGGUUUGACAGCGACUCAACGGCUCCUUCGCUGCUCGCGCAAGGUGCUUAUAUUUAUUAAAACCAGGUGUGUGUGCAUGGUAACGAUGCUUCACUCAGUAUAGCAGUGUUGCACUUCUCCUCACAUCCUUCCUUCCAUUCGCAGUAAAAAGUAACGAACCAGAACUAUCAGAACGAAUCAGCUGUUCCAUUCAGUCGGAUUCACUUUCAACCUACCCAAUCACUUUUUUUUAUAUAUAUAUUUCAGGAGUAAACACUGUUAAUUAAUAAUCAAUGAAAAUAUAUGCAUAUUAUUGAAGGUGCUAGGUUGAAGUCUUCCUGCUUUCACAUGUAAGAGGAAUAAGUAGCGCGUGACGACACGCCUGACCAUAGCCUUAACGACAUCGCUCAUAUCACUGGCGUAGGACUAGCGGUCGGAAUUUGAUACGAACGUGCAAACCAAAGACGAAUAGCGCGUUUAUUAAAACUCAUCCCCAAUGGUAAUUGUUGUUUGAUGUAAAUUUGUUUUUAAACUUGCAUAAGAUCAGGUUCAAGUAAGUUUUUGCGAGACUCUAAAAACUCUUGUGAAGAGAAAUCCGAAUGCGAGACCAGGCUUGUCCUGUUCAUUGACCUGAAACUGUCUCAUGUCCCGCCUCUUGUCAGGACUCAUUGGCUGAGUGUUUUCUGUUCUGGGAACAGCCUAGCCUGUGUCUGUGAUCAAAGAAAUCUGUGUGUGUGUACACACACACACACACAGAUUUCUUCAUAUAAAUUAUAAUAUCUAAUAUAAAUGUAUUGCCCAGCUCUUAUGUUACUGUUUGUUGUUGAGCAGGCGUGUGCUGAUAAAGGGUUUUAAACUUUAUUACAUAUCAUCACAUUAGUUUACAAUAUUGUCAUAUGGUAUGCAUAUUAUAAUUUUUUUUUUGCUUCAAAACUUAAUUAUCUGCUAUUCACAGCAUAAUUGUGUGAAUUUAAUUUCAGAUUAUGUUGAUAGUUUUAUUUUUAUUCAUCAAAAGUAUUAGCAUGAAGGGGAAAAAAAGGAAAACCUUUUUUUGAAAAAUAAAUAAAUAGAUGAAUAAAAUCAUAAUAAAUAUGAAAAAGCAGUUCAGGUUAAUUAUACUGAUAUAAUAUAUACAUCAGAAUUAUAUUAUUAUUUCUUUAAGUAUAUUGAGUAUCCAAUUGUUUGGAUCAUGUACUCAAUAGAGAGUAAAAAUAUUAAAACUAAGGAGGUCAGAAGCUAGCAUAAUUUUCUGUAUAUAAUUUUUAAAAAUCAUAUAUCUUGGAUCAUAUUUUCUAAAAAAAAAAAAAAGUUUCAAAAGGUUAAAAUAGGAGGGAAAAAAAGUAAACUCACAAGAAGACAAAAAAGUUACAAGAUGUCUAGUUUCUUUUGUUGUUUUCUUUUCAGAUUCAAAAUUUAAUUCUUACGUACACAAACAUACUCCGUAUGAUAUGCAGUGAAACUCUUGUACGACAGUUUGUGACCUAAAGUGGAAAGAUUUCACUAAAAUGAAAAAACAAUUGCACUAGAGACAGAAAUUAAAUUCAAGGUAGAAUUUUCAAUUCAAUUUUUUUUUUUUCAGUUUAAAAAAAUAUAUAAAAUAUCAAUCAUACGUUUUACAGUAUGUACAAAAUGAAAUUGUAAACAGUAUGACAGCAACAGUAGGAUUAUAACAUGAAGUAUGAUCUUUUUUGUCAAUAAUGUCAUGUUUAAAUUUGGCUUUAAAUCUGUAUAGAAAUCUAAAUGAAAUACCACAAAAAGGGACAGAAAGCUAGCACAGAAGGGUGCAAAAAAAUUAUCCUGCAUUUACAUGACACUUUACAAUCCAUAAGCAGCUUUCUUCCACUCUUUUUAUUUAAACUAUUGUUUAAAUACCUAAACAAGGUUCAACAAAAAACAGGUGGUCAACAUGGAAAGGUUAAAUGUUGUACAUUUUAUCUUUAAAAUCUUAAUAUUUGAAGGUUAAUGUCGACUACGGCAAUGUUUUAUAUCUCAUAAUAAUAAUAUGCGCUAAAUAUCUCAAUAUAUUGUGAUGAUUAUCAGCACACGUCUGACUCGAGCAGUUUUCACUUCUGCACUUCCGCCCACAUCGUUCUCGAUGCUGUACUAUCCGUUUGUUUUUCUGAACGAUAAUCGUUUCGAGUGUAUGUGUCAUCGAGAUUGGAAUCACUUUGUGCCUUUGUACAGGCCUGGGUUCGAUCCCGGGCGCUUCUCCUAAAGCGUUUGGAUUUGCAGAAUAAAUUUCCCGAAGAGAGCCAAUGUCUUGUCACCAGCUAAAUCGCAUCGUACUUUGAGCUAUUUUUGACUCGCUGUAUUGAUUUUCACUCUUUCGGCUUGAUCAGUCCGAACAAAACACUUCGCUCAUCCCAAGUAAACCUCGCACGUGUGCAUCUUACAGAACCACCUCACUACUGGAUGUUUUUUUUUUUUACUUGUGUAAUUAUUAUUAUUGUCAUUGUUAUCAUUAUUAUUAUUAUUAUUACAUAUAAUAUUAUUAUUAAAACAAUUUAUA